AUGUCUAGUGUGAAAUCCCGGCUAUCAGGCCUUUUGGGCCACUUCAAUGCCCCUUCACCCACUGUUGAGCACCAAAUCAACCACCACACGCUGUCGCCAACCUUCUUUCUUCCAAGGGCUGCUGCAAUUGAGCCCAAUGCCGAGGCCAUUUACCAUGUGACAGCCAACAACAAGAUCUUGCGGCGGACCUAUGGCGAAGCCGCGGACAGAGCCAGAGGUUUAGCUUACUACCUCAAGAAGCAUGGGUACAGCAGAGUUGGGAUUCUUUGUCCCAAUACCCCGGCAUUCCUGGAAUCGAUCUUUGGAAUUGCGGCGGCUGGUGCUGUCAACGUCGCUGUCAAUUAUCGUUUGAAGCAGGAAGAUAUCUCUUACAUUUUUGAUCAUGCCGAUGCGCAGGUACUCAUCGUCGACGAAGAAUACCUUCCACUGCUGGAGAACUACCGAUCCCAGUACCCACAUAUCCCUAUCAUUGUAGAUACCGAUACCGAUGCAACCGAGGGUGAGCUGACAGGGCCAUUCGACGAUGCUAUCCUGGAGGGCUUGAAACACGACUUGGAUACCGGUUCUCAUGGCUGGCAAGGGCUUGAGACUCAAGCGGCCGAUGAAGAAUCCACACUUGCGUUAGCCUACACCAGCGGGACAACAGCUCGACCCAAGGGCGUCGAAUUCAACCACCGCGGCUGUUAUCUUGCGACACUGGGAAACGUCAUUGAAUCCGGACUCAACUACCACAAGGGACGUGCUCGUUACCUUUGGACCUUGCCAAUGUUCCAUGCUAUGGGAUGGACAUUCCCAUGGGCUGUAACUGCGGUACGAGGAACGCAUUACUGUUUACGCAAGAUAGACUACCCUGAAAUAUGGAGACUGCUCAAAGAAGAGCGCAUCACCCAUUUCAACGCCGCCCCUACUGUGAAUACUUUGCUUUGCAAUGCCAAAGAGGCAGAGAAGCUGCCUGAGCCUGUCCGUGUCACGGUCGCAGCCAGCCCUCCCACGCCUCAUCUUUUUGAACAAAUGACAGACUUGAACUUGCAUCCUGUACAUGUCUAUGGUAUGACCGAGACGUACGGUCCGAUCACGAAGGGAUACCAACUCCCCGAAUGGGAUGCCAUCGAUCUCAAAGAGAAGUACAAGAAAAUGGCCCGUCAAGGCCAUGGUUUCAUCACAAGUCUUCCUGCGCGGGUCAUCAAGACCGAAGUCCCGGAGGGAACUAUCACCGAUGUCAGCAAGGAUGGCCAGGAGAUCGGAGAGAUCGUCUUCAUCGGAAACAUCUGCGCCCGGGGAUACUACAAAGACCCCGAAGCAACUCGGAAACUUUUUGCAGGAGGUGUACUGCACUCUGGUGAUCUCGCCGUCUGGCAUCCGGAUGGCGCAAUUCAGAUUCUUGACCGUGCUAAGGAUAUUAUCAUCAGUGGUGGUGAAAACAUAUCCUCCGUAGCCUUAGAGUCUAUGCUGGUCACGCAUCCGGGUAUUUUGGAAGCCGGCGUUGUCUCUGUUCCGGAUUCUCACUGGGGCGAGAGACCCAAAGCCUUUAUUACAAUCAAGCAGGGCAUCAGCCUGGAAGGCUCGGAGGUGAUCACCUGGGCUCGGAAUGUCAGCGGUAUCAGCAAGUUCAUGAUUCCCCGGGAGGUGGAAGUGGUGACAGAGCUUCCUAAGACCAGCACUGGUAAGAUUCGGAAGAAUAUCCUCCGCGACUGGGUGAAGGGCCGGACGGAAGGUUAG